CACGAGUCCACACAUGCACACACUUCACUCACUCACGAGUCCACACACACACGAGUCCACACACACACACUUGCUUCACUCACUCACAAGUCCACACAUACACACACACUUACUUCACUCACUCACGAGUCCACACACACACACACUUCACUCACUCACGAGUCCACACACACACACACUUCACUCACUCACGAGUCCACACACACAUACACACACACACUUACUUCACUCACUCACGAGUUCACACAUACACACACACACACACACGAGUCCACACACACACACUUACUUCACUCACUCACGAGUCCACACACACACACUUCACUCACUCACCAGUCCACACACACAUACACACACACACUUACUUCACUCACUCACGAGUCCACACAUACACACACACACACGAGUCCACACACACAUACACACACACACUUACUUCACUCACUCACGAGUCCACACACACACACACACACUUACUUCACUCACGAGUCCACACACACACUUACUUCACUCACUCACGAGUCCACACACACACACACACACACUUACUUCACUCACUCACGAGUCCAUACAUACACACACGAGUCCACGCACACACACACACUUCACUCACGAGUCCACACACACACACUUAGUUCACUCACUCACGAGUCCAUGCGCGCGCACACACACACACUUACUUCAUUCAGACACUCACGAGUCCACACACACACACUUACUUCACACACACACACACACACACUUACUUCACACACACACUCACGAGUCCACACAUGCACACACACUUACUUCACACGCACACUCUAACGUUCACAAGCUUGCAUGGUUCUGAAGGGUAAGUGUAAUUGAAGAGGAGCACUGGCUAGUCCAGAGGUCAGAUACAGUGUGAAGACGUGUAAAUACACUCACUGUCCACUUUAUUAGGAACACCUGUACAUGCUUUCAUCAGUCUGAUCUGUCCUGUACAAACUGAUCAUUAAUUUGAAUAUCACGAUAAUGAUCAGUAUCCGUGGUGUGAGUAAUAGACGAUGUGAGCAGUGUAAACACGGCGAGUGCGCGUGUGUGUGUGUGUACAUGAUGUGUUUAUAGAGAAACACAGCGCGAGAUCAGCGCAACAAAACAAACAGAAACAGCCUUCGUCACUAAGCGCGUGCAUUAUGAACGAUCUCCAUGGUGCCCACGUGCCCACGGGCGGAGACGCACAAGCUCCGGACACUAAAAACCGCGUCUUGUAUCCAAGCGAUGGUGAGACGCAUGCGCAGAGACGAUCUCCGAUGUCCGACACUGCAGCUGGACUCUUCACUCUGUUCAUCACCGUGGAGAAGGAGAGAUGUACUGUCGCGCGCGCAGGGUCACGGAUUUGUGCUCCGCGAGCGCGAGCACCGACAACGUGGGUCCGGGCUCCUACAAUGUCCAGAGAUCUGCUCCAGAGAGAACCGUGUCCUUUGCUCCGUUCCUGUCUCUCUCCUCCAGGCCCUCAGUGUUUGACAGUGGAGACAGUGACCAGUGUUCUCCUGGACCGGCUCACUAUAAUGGAGUCCUUACCUGGGCUCCUGUUCCUGGUGGUCAUUCUCUGCAGAACCGCUCAAGGCGUUUUGAGGAGGCAGAUGCUAAUAUUCCAGGACCAGGAACCUAUGACAUCAUCCAGCCAUGGGGGCAAAAGCGCCACCUACCUACCACCCCAGACAGGGGCAUUAAGUGUGUGAGGUGGUUGUUCCACUCUGCUCCCUCCAUCCCGUCUCCCAGUCAGGCCUUUGGUUAUGAGGAGAACGAGCAGGGGGAUUUGUACAUGCAGAAACCACCCAGAACUGACCAGAGCCUUGGCCCUGCCUACUACAGCCCCACCCAGAUAGAACCAAAGUAUAAAGGAGUCCACUUUGGCCAAAUGACGGGGAAACGGACAGAGAUGAAGGUGGGGCAAGGACCUGGACCAGGACACUACCAUCCAGAGGAGGACCACUCUGUGUUUUAUGAGAAUGUGAAUUUGAAGCGAGAGAUGAAAAGCCAAGGUGUGUUGCAGAUCCCUCGGUAUCCUGAACUCCUUAUACUGCAGGCUAACAAGAAGGGCGUUCCUGGUCCUGGUCAGUAUGAUAUUAAAGGACAAUUUGAGAAGUCAAUUGGAGUGGGUGUGUCCAGUCCAGCGUUUAUGUCCCACACAGCGAGGUUCUGUUCAAUGAAGGAUGUGGCGCCCCCUGUGGGAUCCUAUAAUGAUCCUCGCUGUGCUCUGGAGAGUCUGAAUAAACACAACGGAGUGAAGAGAAGUCCUUUUAACCUUACAGCAUCUCGCUUCAUUCCUCAACACAGAAAAAACACCACACCAGGCCCUGGAGCAUAUAACAUGUUUGAUUAUGGUCUGGCCAAUGAGAGUUUGAAGAAAGCACAGUUAGAGGGCAAGAGGGUGGGAGGCUUUGGGUCAACAGCCAAGAGAUCCACCAUCUUUAUCGGUAGAACCACAGAACCAGGACCAACACACUAUAUGGUGGAGGAAAAAAGGGAAGAGUUUUACAAGCUCCAGCCUACAGCAGUGUUUAAGUCAGCCUUGGAGAGAAUCCCUGUACCUCUGGAUGCUAAGGACAUGCCUUCUCCAAGUUCAUACAACGUGAGGGAGGCAUAUGACAAAAUGUUUGGACAGGGAGGACAUGGUGAACCUCGCACCAAAGCAGCACGAAAACGCCAGAGCUCUUUCUUAAGCACCGCUCCCCGAAGCUCCUCUUUUCACCAUGAUGCCCACCUCCCAGGCCCAGGUCACUACAGUCCACACAUUAUGUCUAACUCACAGUUUGCUCUCAUUGGAUUUAAUGAGGAUCGAUUUAAACAACCUAAAAACUUGACACCUGGACCAGGAGCAUACACGCUGAGUCCUACAUUUUCAGACCCUUUACUCAAGCAGUCCUUCAAUGUGACCCUCCAAAUCCCGAUGAUGUCACACACUCUGACUCGACCUCCUCAGCAGGCCAUGGAGGCAGCUCUGUCCUUCACCAGUGCUUAAAUACACACAAUCAGGGUCAAAGGUCAGUUGUUAAUCCGUGUAAAUGGAUUAACACUGAUAAAGUGUCCUGAUAAUAUUGUGAGAUGAGAUUUGGUUUUGUGGUCAUCCUUGUCCCUUCUGUUAUUUUUUCAUGUUGGAACAUGUGCGUUUUGUAAGACAUUCCUCAUCCUGUCAUCAGUACACUCAUGCUUUACUUCACUAUGUAAUGGAAUGAAGUGAAAAUAAAGACUAAAGAGCAUUUUAAAGAAGUAAAUAAGAAGAUAAAUGAAUAGAAUUUCUUAACUUAGGAAUAAUGUGAAGAAAUAUAUCUAAGAGGUUGGACAUCUUAGUAAACACUGUUGGAUCACUGGUGAGGAAGCUGCAGCAGAAAACUCAUUCUAUCAACUCAACACAAAAACAAGACAGACAAUGGUGAGGGAAAUCACAGUGAGACCAAGACCUUACAGAGGACAGUAGCUCCAGAUAUGUCCGUUAUGUUACACCUUAGCAUAAAUGGCAGCUGAGUGGUUAAAACACUAAUCUACUGAUCAGAGAGAGAUAAGGUCAGAUCCCAACCUUGUACGUGGUUUGGUCCUUCUCAAAGGUGAAUGUCCCUGAUUCCAGCCUUGCUGAAGAUCAGAUCAUCACCGAUCCAUCACCAAAUUUCACAGUGGGUGUGAGACACUGUGGUUUUUAGCAUUUCUAGGUCUCUGUUCAAAUCAUUUGACCAACAGGUGUUGGACUCAUUGGAGAGGAUCACCUUACUCCAGUCCUCCACAGACCAAUGGUCUUUGAUCCAAUGGCCUCAUGGUCUUUUGCAAACCUCAGCCUGGCUUUUCUAUCCCUCUCAAUAGCUUUUUUUCUAGCUUUGCAUGACUUCAGCCCUGCCUCUAGGAUCCUGUUUCGAACCGUCUUCACCGUGUUCUUCACCCCAGCUGCUGCUUCAAGAUUCAAGAUUCAAGAGUCUUUAUUGAAAAUAAUAUUUCUUAGAAUAUUUAAUAUUCUUGAAAAUAUUCAAGAUUCAAGAGUCUUUAUUAUCAUUCCCCCCUCAUGUAUCAGACGCAGUACAGAGUGAAAUGAAACAGUGUUUCUCCAGGACCUGGUGCUACAGAAACAUACAACAUGAAGAUCAAACACAAGAACAACACAGAGCUAGGACAGAAGUUUGUCCAAGACACAUAAAGUGUACAGUGUGCAGCUAGGUGCAAACAGAGCAAAGACGAGACAGUGCAGAGAUGAUAAAUACAGAAAGACAACACAAAAACACAGGACACUUAGCGCCGAAAAAGAAAGAAAAGAACAUGUGCAAUGAAAUGAAAAAUUAAAUAAAAUGAAAUGAUGUACAACUUUGAGAAACUGUAAAAAAAACAGGUAUCUAAUAACAUACAUGAUUGUAACAUAUAUAUAUAUAUAUAUAUAUAUAUACUGUAU